AUGGAAGAGCCAUCAGAAGAGAUUGAAGAGCAAGAGUAUAUACCCAGAAAGAGAGAGAAAAUCAAGGUAUUUCCAAUUAUAAAUAAUAACUCGACUUUAAAAAAAAAGUUUUUUUUUCAGGAGCUCUCAUUCAACGAAAGAGUUGCUCUUAUUGGCGGGGACCAUACUAAAUUCAAUCGGAGGUUGCUUUUUUUCCAAUGGAAAUUUUCUUAUUCAAGAGAACUUCAGGUUUAAUGUUGAAUCAACAUCGGAGACGAAUUUCCAAGAAGCUCUGGAAAAAUGGAUGGAUCAAGAUCAAGGAGCGGAUUUUGGUAUUCCCUCUUUUCAAGUAAAAUAAAAGUGAAUUGAUCAUUUUAGAAGAGUUCCUUUUUUCGAUUCCUCGUAAGGAACUCACGACAUAUGCUCAACUGCUACACCAUUCUGACAAAGUUUUUGACGCAAUUACACAAACUCUCGGGAAAAAGGUGAGUUUUUGAACUCGGCAAGAAAUUCAAUCUGAAAAUUUCAAUAUUUUCAGGGGUGCAAAUCGAUCCCGGCGCUUUGCGAAGUUUUAACAGCUUUUGCUCGGGAUCUGCGAGAAGAAUUUUUCAAGCAUAUGUGGAAAUCGCUAGAAGUUCUUAUCAAUGUCAUUGGUGAGUCGAAGCUUUGACGAAAUGGGAAAACUCGAAGAUUUUGAAGAUUUGGGCGAACGAGAUGGAGACAGCAUGGAAGCCGCUUUCAUUGCUCUGACCACUUUAGUGAAGUUAUUGGCCGGAAAGCUUUGCAAGCAAAUCAAGACUGCUUUCACGUCAGUUUUCUCUUCGAAUUUCGCUUAGUUUUCUCGAAUAUUUCAAAAUUUCAUAGCUGGUCAAGAACAUUUUUCAAAUCCUAACACUCACUAAUUUUCAAAAAAAGAGAUUUGUUUUAUUGUUAAUAUUCGUUUAACUUGAAUUUAGCAGAGAAUUGCAGAAAUUUUCUGCCACUUUUUGCCAGUAGUCGUCCUUUCGCAAGAAGAUUCGCUGCAGAAUCUUUCGCUUAUCUCAUCCGAAAACUCAACGAUUUGCGGCCUAUCGUUCAGUUCAUUGUGAAGCAGACGUUGAAGGUAAAAAUCUCAUCAGAUUUCGAUAUGAGUUCCAAUAUUUUUUAUUUCGAAAGUUGUUCUCGUUUUUGAAAUCUAUUUUGGAUCUCUGGCUUGUUCAUGAUUCUUAUUUCUUUCUUUAAUUGCUUGAUAUAUUGGAAUUGAUGGAUUCUUUUCAGACGAGACACGAGUACCUAUCGGAUGGCCUUGCGAUGCUUUUCCACAACGUUUUCAUCGGAAUGUCUGGCGGGUUUCACAGUUCUGCGCCGGAUGUCCGUUUUUUUUACCUCUAAGAUAUUCUUUCCGAGAAAAGGCUUCCUUGAAAGCUCCAUGUCUCAGGAAAAUUCCAUCAUGAAGUCCGUCUUUUCAGCUUUUACGGAAUAUCGUCACCGCAGUAGUUUACAAUGGGCCGGAAGCCGACGUUGAUCACGAUGAACUAAUCGAAUAUUCUGUAGAGGUCUGAAGGAUCUUCAUUUCUUGAUUCCAAUAAUGUUUCUCGCAGAUCCUUAUUCAAACUGUGAACUACACGUCCGCGUAUGCGAAGAAGUCGAAAAGUCCAGAUCGCCUCUUUUUUCAGCAAGUUAUAACGGUUAGUUUCCUUGAAACAGUCAAUUUAUUCUUUCUUUUUCUCUUUUCUAGAACAAUUGAGAACUCAUAGCUUUAUAAUAAAUGGAAAUUCCAAAAAAAAAACGUUUGAAAAAAGUGAUAGAUACUUGUGAAAUAGUUCGAUAAAGUGAAAUUAGUUUGGAUAAUCCCACACCAGAAAACGUUUUUUUUUUAGAGAUAUUCUCUGAUAUGUAAUAUGUUGUAGAAACUUCUCGGAGAAGCGAAAAACAUGGAAAUCGCGACGUCGCUGAUGCGACUCGUGCAGUCGUGCCUCGCCGAGGAAGCGGCGAUGAACGUCGUGGCCAAGCGCCAGAAACGGAAGGAGUCGGCCAAGCGGAAGGCCUCUCAGAAACGUGCAACCGACCUUCCGCUGGACUUCGCCUUUGCCGAUGACUUGCGCGCAUCGCUCAACGCUGUCGUCGCCCUUGGCGACUUCGCUCUGAACGAAACCGCUGUCGAACUUUUCGCUAAGGUAUUUCAUUGGAAAAGUUGAUUCUGCGAUUUUUUUUUAACCUAUUCUGAGUUCUAGAAUAUGAAUAUUGAAAUUCUUGAUGAGUCAUGUAUUUUUUCUUAGUUUUCCUUUUCCAGGCGCUCACGAAUGUGUUUAACAACGACUUGAGUCGCCUUUUCGCCAAGAAUUUCGCCCUGGCAGUCGUUGAAAAAUCAACUGAUUUUUACUCGGCAAGUUUUCCUUCAUUAACCCCCAACAAGUUCAAGCUUUUGUCUUCGUAACUCUGUUUCUUCAGGUUAUCAACUUGCUUCUGAAAACGACGGAGCUCGAAUCGUUUGACUUGUACCUGAUGCCAGCCCUCGGAAAAGUUGCGCAGGCCGUUCUUGAGGUAUCAAAAUGUCUCACAUUUUUGUCAAAUAUAACACCUCUUUUCACUCUAAGAUUUUAGGUAAAAAUUAUUUGGCCAUAUUUAUCAGACCUUUCGUUUCUUUCUUUCAAGAACUUUCUUGCAGAAAGAGAAUGAAGAUGAAGUUUUGGUCCGCCAAGUUUGGAGAUUCUACGCUUACCUGUGCUCCAGAAGGAAGCCUAUUGAAGAAACUUUGGGCAGAGGUUGGGGAAUCUCGAAAUUAGAACGAAAAAUCAAAAAUUUAGGAACUGAUCGGUCAAACUUUUUCGACCUUUUCCCACAUCAAGCCUCUAGAAAAUGGAUUUUAGAAAAAUUGAAUGGUUUUUUCUUCAUUUCAAUAGAGCAAUUCUGAUUCUAAACAGGAAACUUGAAAGAACUGAGGGAACACGACGAGGAACUUUUUUUGAAUCUUCUCAUCGCCUGGCCCUGGAUUUUCCCUUCUGCAGAAGUCAGCCAAGGUAACUUUCUUUGCAGUUUUUUUCAGUAUUUGUGAAAUCACUCCAAAUUAUCUCGGAUAUAAAAGACAACUCCAAGCAUUGAAUCAAAAACUGAAUCAAAACUUUCAUCAUUACAAUAACUAGUAUGGUCUUUUUGUUGUCAUAAAUGUAACUUUCAGCUUCGAAAGCAGUUUUGGACUUUGUCAAGACCGAAAUCGGGACAAAACGGGAAGAAAUAUCCAGCGGCCAGCUUGUUUUGGUUGCUUUCGCUGGAAUUUUCUCGGUUUCCCGCCAACUUUUGCUCGAAAUCGAUCUGGAAACACUCUCUUCUUUUGUGAAGUUUGUGGCCAAGAUGAUUUUCUCUCAGGAAUAAGUUUUUUCUUAGAGUUCAGCAGUGUCGAGAGUCGUCGUUGCUCGCUUUGGAGCUGUAUUUUGAAGUGCUGGGGUCUUCAUCAGAUCCUGAACUAAUGGAUAGGUGAGAUUAUUGGAACUUUCUUUAGAGGUUUUUGAGAAAUAAAAUGAUAUUAGAAAAACUUCUCCAUAGCUAUUCUUCAAAAACUUCAAUGGAGCAAUUUUCAACUUACUGAAAAAUGAGUUUUAUCUCUCAGAGUGGCUCAGUUGCUGACGCCGGCUUUGAUGAGCCCCACGGACAACGCGAGGAAAACCGCGUUGCGGAUUCUCAGUUCUUUCCACGUUCCUUUGGAGAAUCCUGAAGUUCCUUCGGGUGAAAAGAUGGCAUCUGUUAGUGAAGUUAUUUUUUAUUGCUAAAAAUUCAUAGAUAAUGUAAACAAGAUGAAAAAAAAGGUCGAAAACUGGGUAUUAUUUCUUGUUUGAAACUACCGUAUUGAAACCUUGAAAUAGUGUUUUAAAAUAUCAUCUUUAUUAUUUUCUAGAAAUCGACGCCCACCUUGUUCCAAGUGCUCUCAGCGGCGGAAAAUUGCGAGCUGACCAAUUUCCGAGAACGACUGCUUCACUUGAGAAAACUUCGAUUCGGGGAACACCGCAGACAUAUGCCCGAGAGCAGAGAAAAGCAGUAUCAACAUGUCGGAAGACUCAUUUUCCAGUAGUUGAUAUCCUUUUUCCAGUUGAUUGUCCGCGUUUGCGUCUCGCAGUUCUUCGUGCAGUUCACGCCUCUGUGGAAAGGACUCCAUGAGGUUCUGGGGACUUUUGCCCGCGGAAUGGACAUCGACCUCUUCUGGUCGACUAUGAAUGAUUGCAUCGAUAAUAUCACUAAAAGUAGGAAACCUCGGAUGUUGGGGUAUUUCUUGUGAUCUUCUUGCUGAAAAAAAAGACACAGAAAAAUCACAUCAUUUUUUUGUAACGAAGAUCUGCUUUAAUUUGUUCCUUUAGGUCAUCAAGUACUACACGUCUUUGAAGAUCUUAAAAAUAGGCGUUAAUUUCUGACAUAUUGGUUUAAACGCUUUAAACAAAACAUUUUGAUUCAGAAGUUUUAUCAAUAAAAGUUGAUUUUUCGAAAUUCUUCCAUUUAGUUUUCCAAACGUCCUUAUCAAUGUCGCGUUUCAGAAAUCGACGCGAAGGAAGAUUCUGUGGGUUCCAGCAUCCUCUCUGGUCUAUCUCAUGUCGACGAAAUCAGUCGUUCAGAUUAUGUGAACGCCAGGGUUCAGGUAGAGUCCACGACCGACCGGAAUGUUUUAAUACUUUAUAAUUUUAGCUUUUCGCCUUUUUUGCCGCGAUUCCUGAAAUCGCCGAGCGAAGGACUCGGAUCCUCGCACCAGUUUUGCUGAAGUUGUACAGGUUCUCUUCUAAUAAUUUAUCCUGAUUUUUUGAUUUUUUACAGAGAAGAGUUUGUACCACUCACCGAGAGCCGGUCCAAAGGAAGGAAAGUCGGAAAGAGCGCCGAAAGAGAGGAAGAAGAAGAAGAAGAAGAAGAAGCGGAAGAGCAUGAAGAAGAAGAAGAGGAGGAGAGAACGAGUAAAGGGGGCAGGAGCAAGCAAGAGUUCGUCGACGCCGUCAAGGUCCUUUCUGCUGAAAAUACUUUCGGGGAUUUAUUUCGAAAUGUUUCGAUAUUGAGAAAAAAGGUAGGAGAUUCAGGCUCUCAACUCGUUGCUCAGAGUGUUUUCCAAGUUCGGCGAUGGAAGGUCCGUCUAUAUGGAAUCGAAAUUGCGUGAAAUUUACAACGAGGUAGAAAUCCCUAUUGAAAUUUUAAUAAUUUUUUGUUUCCAGUUGCUCCAAAGCAGCUGUGAAAGUUUACAACAGAGCGCUUUUUGAGUGCAUUUUUGACGUACAAAGACAAAUUGCUCACGAAAAUAUAGGUUUUUAUAAAAAAAUUACAAUUUUUUAUUUUUCAUUUUUUUCAGUAAGCAUAUUCAACAGAUUUUUGAACGAGAAAACGAUCCGAGAAGGUUUGAUCAAUCUCAAGGUAUGACUAUCAAUUUUUUUUUUCCUUUUUUUUUCGAAUUCUUUUCUUCAGAUUUCGGAGGACGAAGAAGAUGCGGUGGUUUUGGAUGAACACAGAUCUUCGGUCAUUCCUGUCCUUUUGAGGUAAAAAAAAAUCUUUAAAAAAAUACUUUGUGAUUUUAAUUUUACAGAGUUUUGAAUGGAAAGCUGAACAUCCGCGAAACGAAAAAAGGCGCCGUUUCGAGGAGAAACGGCAUUUUGCGCACGAUUUCCGGCUGCAGACCCAACGAAUUGAGCUUUUUCUUCGAUUUGCAUUUCGAGAAGCUCUACAAAAUCAUUGGUUUGUUUCAAGUUUCAAUUUCAUGAAUAACCGAACUGCAACAAAAAAAUUUCACAUAUCGCUUGUUAAUUUCAGUAUUUUUAUUCUUCUAAUGCUAUGAAUUUUUUUAAUGUGUGAUAUUGAAUUUUUCAGGCCGAACAGCUACUUUUGCGGAGAUCGCUGAGAAAUGUCGAGCCGAUGAAUUUUUGUCAUCUUUCCGUCCGCAGAUGAUCACAAGGUAUCUUUUAUUCCAUAUUAGAAAAUAACCGUAGGAAUUGAAGCGGGGAAAGACACGUAUUAUUAAGUGAGCGAUUCAGGCAGUUCGGUCCUACUGAGUGA